UCCUCUCCUUCCGAUCCAAUCUUUUCCCUAAGUUUCGAUCGGAAUCUGGCCCCCUGGUCUCGAAAUGCAGUGGUGGAAACCUUAAUCUGAAGCCCUACUCAAAGUUUUUCUUGGAUCGGAGGAAAGCAAGACGAUGUCCGAGAACUGCGCCGCCGCCGACUCCACCUACUACCGCCCUCCCUUCCCCGACUCCUGGAUCUCCAACACCUUCGCAAGAGAAACCGAAGCCCUCACCAAGGCCCUCCAGAUCUCCCUCUCCGCCACCGACUCCCUCUCCUCCUCCUCCUCCUCCUCCUUCCUUCUCGACCUCAUCAAACCCGAGCCCACCGCGCUGGCCCCCUAUCCUGACACGGGCUUGAAGCGGGCAGCGCCGCCUGCGACGGGGAGGAUCUCGAAGAGGAAGUCGCGGGGGUCGAAGCGGUGCCCGACGACGUACAUCAACGCCGAUCCGGCCAACUUCCGCCAGAUGGUCCAGCAAGUCACCGGGGUCCGGGUCGUAGACGCGAACCUCCCGGUCGAGCCGGUGUCCGAGCCCGAGCCGCAGCGGGCCGGAGGGAGCCGGAGCGGGCUUGAGCCGCCGCAGAGCUGCCUCCCGACGCUGGACACCUCGGCCGUUUUGCUAGACCGGACCUGGGUAGUCGGGCCGGAGACGGAGACGCUGGGUUCUAGUGGACCGGCGGUCGACGGCCCUGUCGGGUAUGAGUUGGAGCCGUUUCCGACCUUCCCGACCCUCGAGUCUUGGGGCGUCAUGUAGCAGUCUGACGCGAAAAGCCAAUAAAUAGUUUUUUUUUUAAAAAAGUGGGGUGGUUUAUGCAUCGUCUGAUGGGGAUCGGAAGGACGUUGUUCUUCCUCUCCUUUGUGCAUAUAACUUUUGCCUUUUUUUGGCUUUCUUUUCCCUUUUUUCUAUGAGUCUUACGUUACCUUAUAUAUAUAUAUACAUGUAUAUUAGGUGGUAAUGCGGUAUGUGAAUCUCUUACAUAUUCUGU